AUGAAGAACAACAACAACAACAUCGAGAACCAGCCAUGGAAGAAGAAACCAACUAUUCUCUUACUUCUCCUCUCUCUUCUCACCAUAUCUCUGCUUCUUCUUCGUCUCUCCCAAAACAAACUCAUCCUCAUCACCACCAUCACAACCACCAAUACCUCCAAAUCCGAUCAUCACAAAUCCUCCGGAGUCAAAGACGAUUCCUGUAUCGGCCGCUAUAUAUAUAUCCACAAUCUACCUUCUCGGUUCAACAUCGACAUCAUCAAAGAUUGCAAGUCGAUUUCAAGACCAAAGGACAAAGUCAGUAUGUGUAAGCACCUUGAGAACUCCGGUUUCGGACCACUCAUCGGUGAAUUUAACGGCGACGGAGUUUCAACCGAUUCUCAGUAUUCUCCGAGCUGGUACGCAACUAAUCAGUUCAUGCUUGAAGUGAUUUUCCACGAGAAAAUGAAGAGAUACGAUUGCUUGACAAGAAAUUCGUCGCUCGCUUCAGCUAUUUACAUACCUUACUAUGCUGGUCUCGAUUUCCGGCGAAGUCUACGGCGGCGUAACGUCGCCGCGAGAGACGCCGCCGGGAAGGAACUUGUUAAAUGGCUUAAAAAGCAGCCCCAAUGGAAAGGUAUGUCAGGUAAAGACCAUUUCCUCGUAACCGGUCGGAUUUCACGAGAUUUCCGGCGAAACUCCGACAGUAAGUACGGAUGGGGAACUAAUUUAAUGCUCUUACCAGAGUCAGAUAACCUCUCUUUCCUCACCAUUGAACGGAGUCCAACGAGCCACAACGAAUUUGCGAUUCCUUAUCCGACUUACUUUCACCCAACGUCAACCUCCGAGAUCCUCCGGUGGCAAGAGAAGAUCAAGGUCACGAACCGGACUAUCCUCUUCUCAUUCGCGGGAGCUGAAAGGCCGAGCAGAAACCAGAACGGUUUAGUUCGCACUAGAGUUAUACAACAAUGCAAGAGUUCUUCUAAGACGUGUAGGUUUCUUGACUGCGGCGUUAAAGCCAACGGCUGCGAUGAUCCGAUCAGUCUGAUGAAGCUUUUCGAGAGCUCGGUUUUCUGCUUACAACCGCCGGGUGACUCGUUAACCAGAAGAUCGGUUUUUGAUUCGAUCUUGGCUGGUUGUAUUCCGGUUUUCUUCAACCAAGGAAGUGCAUACAAGCAGUAUGUAUGGCACUUACCCAAGAACAAUGACGAGUAUUCGGUUUAUAUACCGGUUAAGGAGCUGAGAACCGUAGGAAGAAACAAAAUCGAAAAGAUUUUGCUCGGAAUACCGAAUGAGAAAGUGGUUAAAAUGAGAGAAAACGUAAUAAGAUUGGUUCCGAAGAUUGUCUACACCAAACCAAACCGGAAAGAACCAAACAGAGAGGCUCUUGAAGAUGCUUUUGAUGUUGCUGUGAAGGGAGUGGUUAAGAGAAUAGAAGGUAUAAGGAGAGAAACAAAUAGAUAA